GGUUUUUUAAAUUACUUUUUGUCUUAAUAUCAACCUUUUCAUAUCAAUAUCAACUUUUUCCCACAUUCAGCUUGUGGCAUUUAGGGUGGAUUUAAUCUGGAUUUGUUUAAACUGAUUGGACGAGCUGACAGAUGAACAGAAAUGAAAAAGAACGAACUUAAGUUGAAGGUCUGGCAGUAAAUUGAAGACAGUAAAUGAAGAUGGAUCUGUUGACAACUGUCGUUCUUCUCCUGCUCUUUUGUGUUCAUCCAUCUGCAGCAGCAAGCCUCAUUACAGCAGACAUAUUUGAAGCAAGGGGCCAACAAGUGUGCAAGGCAGGAAAAGGGAGACCGUGUUACAAGCUGGCCUAUUUCUCGGAGCUGCGCUGGAAGCUGAACUUUGAAGAGGCAGAGAAUGCUUGCAGGCGAGACGGAGGCCAGCUGCUAAGCAUCGAGUCUGCAUCUGAGCAGAAGGUCAUAGAGCAGCUCAUCAGAGAUCUUCGUCCCACGGAUGGAGACUUCUGGAUAGGGCUCCGGCGUGGACUGGGACACGAGGACAGCAGUUCGGACUGCUCGUCCCAGUACUACUGGCUGGACGGUAGCAAAUCCGCGUACAGGAACUGGCACAAUGAUGAGCCGUCAUGCGGCUAUGAAGUGUGUGUGGUGAUGUACCACCAACCGUCGGCUCCCGCAGAUCACGGUGACCUCUACAUGUUCCAGUGGAAUGACGACAACUGUGAAACCAAGAACAAUUUCAUCUGCAAAUACACAACAGAAAAGCCAGUGGAAAGCACUCUGUCGCCCACCUCCAGCGAGAAAGAGGUCUUUUUUUCAUCCGCACUUCCAUGGGAUCCAAGUGACAACAACCAGGAAAGGAGAACAGCUGUGAAUUUAGUUUAUGUCAUCAUUCCCACGAUCCCACUCAUCCUGCUGCUGCUGACAGUGAUGGGAGUCUGCUGCUACAAACUGCUGCUCAGACGAAAGAGGAAGGAGCAGAAAUCAGAAGUAUGCCAAACAGACCCAAGUCCAACUUCUACAGACAUCUACAACGUCAUUCGCUCCCAGAAGGAUGAUGACCUGGUUUCUGCUCGCCCACAAACAAAAAACACCUCCUUUUUGUGCUCUUCUCCGGACACGCCGACGGGUGACUAUGACAACCUAGGGGGUCGGGACACAGAGAGCGGCUUUGUGACACUUGCAAGCACAGAGAGCGACUUUCUGAACUUUGACCUGAACGAUCUCAGCCUUGGGCGUCGGGGCACCCGUGACUUCUACGACAGCAGCUUGGGCCGCCCGGCAAAGAGGGACCUGAACGAUGGCAGUCUGGGUCGCACCAGAAACAGAGAGUAUUACGACAGAAGCCUGGGCCGCCGCACCACUAAGAGCGAACAUUACAGCGGCAAUGUGCAUGGAGAUCACGGUCUAUACAACAGCAGCAUCAGAGCAGGCAGUGACUUGUAUGAUGCCAGACUAAAAGCAGGGGGUCAAACAGGAAAGAUUGACCUCUACCAGACAUACGUCACCAGCGGCAGGCACGAGGCAUUCCAAACCAGCCUGGGAACCUACGCAAACCGAAAGUCUUUCCACACAAACCAGGACUGCUACAGAAACGGCCUAAAUCUUGACAGUGGAGGGAGGUACUUCAAUGAGCAGGAAUGGAUAAACAAAGAGAGAUACUGAUCCUUCAUUCUGCUCACACCACUGUCAAAAUACAUUUUGUUUCUGCACUAACCCUUACUUUGUUGGUUGUUUGGAUAUUGAAUUAACUGUGGUAAUCUAAACCAAACACGUUUAAAUAGUUAAAGCUGUCUACACACUGUUUCUUAUGUUGCCAUGUAUCUGUUUGCCCUGUCACAGAUUUCCUCUAUUUUUACUUUAAAUUAGACAAAGACAACCUAAGUAACUACAAAGUACAGUUUUACACAUGGCGAUGUCAUUUAUUAAAAGAAAAAGGCUAUCCAAACCAACUGGGCCCUAUAUGAAAAUGCAUUAACCCCCACUUGUAAACUCAGGAAUGAACUGUGAUAUACCACAGAUUUUGGGCAGCUAAGUUAAAAUUCCCCCAAGACUGACAACUACCUGACCUGCAGAAUCAAGAAAUCACUCAAAUAGAAUCUGUUUGAAUCCAUGAAGCACCCUGAAAGGUCAUCUAUUAGUCUAGAAAGUGUCUGUAAGCAAUUUAAAGUGUUGGGACUCCAGGAAAUCCCAGUGAAAACCACUAUCCACAACUGGAGAAAACAUGGUACAGUGGUUAACCUUCCCAGGAGUGGCCAGCCAACCAAAAUUACUUCAAGAAUCUGUCUCACAUUUGCCAAACACAUCUUGUUGAUGCCCCAAACCUUUGGAAAAUAUUUAGUGAAUUAAUGAGAAAACUUUCCACUUUUUCUCAUUAAUUCACUAGUGGGUGUCACUAGUGGGUGUCCAAUUACAUCUGAAAACAGUAUUUUAGAAAAAUAACAUCAUAUCGACAGUCAAACAUGGUGGUCAUGUGAUAUUGUGUGGCAGUUUUGCUGCUUCAGGACCUGAAUGACUGCCCUGAAUGAUAUAUUCUAAUCUCUAGUAGAAAGCCCUGAAGAAUGUCCAUGAUCAAUUUUGAGACCUUAAGCUCAAGUGCUCAAGGGCUUUAUAAAUGGUCUAGUCAAAGUCUGGACUUAAAUCUACUUGAAAUUUUCUGGCAAGACCUUAAACACUUAAACAAGCCAUCCAUGCUCGAAAACCCUCCAGUGCUGCUGCAUUAAAACAAUAUUGCAAAGAAGCUUGGGCCAAAAUUCCUCCACAUAAAAUUAAGCAAUCAUUUGAAAACUGCAUUUUGUAUUUACUCAGGUUAUCUUGUCUGAAAUUAGGAUUAAUUUGAUGACCUAAAACAGUUAAGUGUCACUAAAAGCUAAAGCAUAAGACUAUAAGAGGGGAAAUAUUUUUUCACAGUCCUGUAAAAUUUAAGUGUCCAUCUGGGGAUGAAAGCUCAAUGCUUUGUAAAUGCAUAAAAUUAUCAGCUGAAAUAAUUAGAAAGUAAGUCAAGCUGCCACCAGUUGUAGCUGCUUCAAGCAAUCAGCAACCAGAAGUGAGUGGAUCUUCAUACGUAUAGACAGUGUGUCUGCAUAACGCAGCAUGAGGGUCAUUUCAGUACUAUUUGCAUCAAUUGCCCUUUCUCUGCAGCCUGGAUUACCUGGAGAUGAGAUUACAAAUGCUGCAAUAUGAAACGUAUUUUGCUUAAAGCUGUACAUGUUCUUGUGUAGGUCAACCUGAUACAACAUAGUGUACUUAAUUACCUAGAGUGAUAUUUUUCAGACACCACUGCCUUCAGCUUUGAACAAUAGCGGAGAAUGACAUGCAGUUGUUACAGUAACUGGUUGCAGACAGUCUGGGAGUGACUGAGUUAGUGGUUUUCAGGUCUUUAUUACAUAUGCAAAUUCAAUCAAAACAAUCGCAUGCAACCAUCUGUGUACAGCUACAAUGACAAUUUCAAAGAGCCCAAGUGGCACUAUGGAGAAAUGGGUAAAAUACCUCAGCUGACCUCAUUUGAUUCACUUAUUUGGUGUUAAGAGAAGACCAAAAAAUGUGAGUGUGUCAUGUAACACUGUCAUUCAACUCUCCUCCCACUUUUAGGUUAGCUGCUCUGGUGCUGCACAACCUCAUCUCACUAACAUAAAUAUACAUCAGCUCAUCCAGGUACAGGGUUUCUGCAAGUAAACAAUGCAUGGAAAAAUAAAGCAAAUAUUUACUUUAGCUGCUUUAGUCUUGAACCCCUUUUCAACAUGUCUAUUUUCAGUUUGACAACAAUAUAAUACAAUGCUAACCUGAUUGAGUCUUCUGAACCAUUUCUUUGGACCUCUGCAUUUGACCCAUUCACACCAAUGGACAUACCUCACAGAUUAACAUUACAAAAAUUAAAAGAAAUAGAGAAACCUUUCAGAGGCAGCUGAUGCCAUUUUAACAAGAAAAAAUAAAGAUUUGAUCACAUCCAGGAUUUUAAAAAAGAACUUUAAAAGAUGUUUGUGUAACAGCCUGCUUGCAUGAACUUGUCAUGCAGCCCUUGCUUUGUCACAAAAAUAUUGAUGUCAUGGAUCAUUGUGUUCACAGUGCCUGAAAACCUCUUUUUAUCAAAAUGCAUCUCUGUAUAAUAAUCUGAAUGUAGUUUUUUAUGUAUUUUUUUGUUUAGUUUUGGAUACUGCCUUAAACUGAAAGAUGUUACAAAAUUGUUCUGUGAUUUAUCACCAUCCCUCUUCUGCACAGUCAGUUCAAACAGGCAUGAAUUUAGCUGAAGUGGCUGCAGCCUCACCACAUAAUGGCAUGAAAUCGAAUUCAAAUAUGUAGUCCUUCGACAACUCUCCUGCAACUAUGAGGGGUUUGUAUGCUUGGUACAUGAGAAAAAUCUUUAAAUAAAAUAAGAUUAGAAAUGAA